GAGUCAGCAACAUACACUGACGAUGGGAUCCAUAUUAAUCGUGAAGAUGCAAAAAUACCGUGGAGCGGUUAUCUCGGAACUGAAGUUAUCCACUUUGCAGGUCUUAGGGUCUGGAAACAAAAAUUUGGUCUUGCAACAUACGUUGGAUAUCCUUUUAGAGACUAUCCAAUGGACGGUAUCAUGGGUUUAGCAUGGCCAAGUAUUGGAAUGCAAAAUGUUACUUCGAUUAUACAAAAUAUCUUACCAGAUUUGGGCAGUUCAAUUUUUACUGUUUGGAUGGACCGACAGUGUAGUUCAAGAAACGCCUUUAGUUAUCAUGAACCAUCGGAAGGCGAAAAUAGUGGCUUGAUUACAUUUGGUGGUUUGGAUUAUUUGCACUGCAGUGAUGAAACUGUUUACGUUCCUCUUUCUUCUUUAGGAUACUGGCAAUUCACAAUUGAUGGCUUCAUGAUUGGAACUUAUGCGAUUAUUGCAAGACAAGAAGCUAUCUCUGACACGAGUAGAUCAUGGAUCUACGGCCCGAGCGCAGCUAUUACAACAAUUGCUGAAAAGGCUGGAGGCUGGUAUAACUCGAAAUAUGAACUGUACGUUAUCCGGUGCACCGAAAUUUACAAUGAUUUACCUUUUUCCUUCAUCAUCGAUGGCCGUCUGUACUCAAUUCCAUCCCGUGAAUACAUACUAGAUUUAGGGUAUGGAAAAGGUGUCUGCGUUUUGGCUUUCGUUGAGGUAAGUUCCAAUGGUUUUGGUCCAUCGUGGGCACUUGGUGCUACUUUUAUCAGGACCUAUUGCAAUAUCUACGAUAUUGGUACUAGACGAAUUGGGUUCCAGAGAGCUAUUCAUUCCGCUCCUCAUGAUUACUCCUGUUCAUUCUACCCCUGUUCAUUCGGAUUAUUCAAACAACAAAGGGAAUACAAAAUUGAGUAUAAACAGCAGGUACAAAAUUUUCGAACAACGCUACGUUAAAA